CCCAUAUUUCAGAGGCUGAGUGAUCCUGCACUGUUAGCAAGGUGCAAAACAGGAAAGACCCAAAACCAGAACGAGUCCCUCCAUGGAGUCAUUUGGGGUCUCAGUCCUAAGGAGGACAUUAAAGGACUUGCCAUAGUGAAGCUUGCAGUGCAUUUUGCCAUCUGCCUUUUCAAUGAUGGUGAAAUUUCUGUCACAAGAGUGCUACAAACACUCGAGGUGCUACCAGGCAUCUUUCAGGAGCUUGGCAUCAGACGGGUAGACAGCACAAGGUUAUACUAUGAAGAGCGAAAAACCACCGAAGGCUUCAAAAAAAAGGAGAACAGCUCUAAAAAACAAGAAAAAGGGGUUUGA